UCAUCUCCGCUGUGAGCUCGACAACCCGGAAGUGUCCGCUUAAGAGCUGGUUUGUGUUUUAAAAAAAGGGAAAUCAACAAACGUGUUUUUGUAAAGCGUGUUCAUGUAGUUUCACUGCAGACAUGCCACGGUACUGCGCUGUGAAAGUUUGCAGAAACCGCGGGGGAACUGCAUCUCGACAGGACAACAAGAGAAUUAGCUUCUACCCGUUUCCUUUGCAAGACCAGUCCAGGCUUCAGAGAUGGGUGGACAACAUGAAGCGGGAGGAGUGGACCCCGAGUCGACAUCAGUAUCUGUGCAGCGAACAUUUUACAGAGGAAUGCUUUGAUAUUCGAUGGGGCAUCCGCUAUCUGAAGAACACAGCCAUCCCGACCAUGUUUCCCUCCACUGAGGAUGAUGGUGACAAAACAGUUCCAAGCAUUAAUAGAAGCCCCAAGGCCAAACCCAUGACUAUUGACAUUGAGCCGACGGGUUUUGACUCUCCUCUCAGCAAGAGGCCGCUCAUUUUGAGCAGAACUUGUAAAAAAGUCCAGCUGGGUACAACAAACCGCAUUGUUGCCAAAGACCCAGAGAUGCUAUUUGAACUACCUCUGGUGUCAGACACUGGGAUCUCCUGUCAUUCAGAUCUCUCAGAGAUGCGGACUGCUUCUUCUGGGUUACCAGGUGACAGUGGGAGGCCAACUGUGUCCUGCCUCGCACUGUCCCCAUGCAAUGAGCCCCGUCCUAAAGGGCAGACAGACUCGAUUGUGACCGUGCUGUGCUGUGAGUCACUGGGUCUUUACUCGGAUGGAGAGGAAAACGUUGACGCAGCCGCUCUCCAAGCAGCACUGGGCCAGACGUAUAGCUUUGUGCCUGUCAAAGUGGUCACGAACGAGCCCACAGCCUACUUUUUGGAGGAGAGGGGACCCUGCGAGGGAGAGCACACUUCUGUUUACGAGCACUCGUACUGCAGAUCGGACAGCGAUCAGCUUUGGCGUAAGAUCUUGAGUUUGCAUGCAAAGAUCUUGGAACUGGAUCACCGAGAGGAGAGCACCUUGGCCAAAGUCCGUGCUCUGGAGACUGAGGUGGCCCUCCUGAAGAGAGAUGGCGCUGUAUUUAAAGAGAAGCAGAACAUUUUGGAAGAUUACAUAUCUUCGAUGUUGCUCUGAUUCUUCAAGCGGCGGAUUCUCAACUGGCGACUGUGGCUCAGUGAUAGAGCAGGGUCGUCCUUCAAUCAGAGGAUCGACGGUUCGAUCCCCUGCUCCGCUUGUCCAUGUCGAUCCGUCCUUGGACAAGACACUUUGCUUCCGUAGUUGUGCCUACGGUGUUUGAAUGUUAGUUAGCGGACUGAUGGGCAGGUGUCACCUUGCAUGGCAGCCCCUCCCAUCAGUGUAUGAAUGAGUGUGGAUGGGUGUUACUGGGUGUAUGACGACAUGUAGUGUUAAAUUGCUUUGAGUGGUCGGAAAACUAGAAAAGUGCUUUACAAGUACAGACCUGUCAAUCAACUGCGUGCGGAGAUUUGUUACCAUUGAAUCACUUGCUGCAAUGUUACACAAAGCACAGCGGCACAAACAGAGUCCUGUUUGACGUGACAUGUUUACAUGAUUGGAUCUCAAUUGUGAUCCAAACAUUAUCACAAUGUAUUAAUGAUUCACCAUGAAUUGUAUUUGAAGCGGUUUUAAUACCGUGAUACACAAUUAGCAAAAUGAUUUCCUCUUAAGCUCUGGUAUUUACUUGACUGGUAUUUACUUGACUGGAACAGCUGCCGCCGGCUGUGUUCAUUUACAUCAAGUAAAUUCUCGACUGUCCUCGAACAACCUCAUACGUGUAAUGACACCAACUUUGUUGUGUGCAGAGGCUCAUUUUAAGCUUUGUUUGGCAGUUACAAAGCCAUUCACAGCCAGGGAAAUGUCGAAGACGAUCAAUAAAAAAGGACUAUUGAAUAAAAUGUUCAUGAUAAAAUAUGACUGAACAAUAAGGUUAAAAUGAGCAAAACUUUAAAGAGCCAGAACGCCUUAUGAUAGCCUAAAAGCACAUUGAAAAAUGUAAAACCCAUUAUGUUUCUCACUUUUUCUGUUCAGGAAGGUACAUGACAAAUUACAACAGCAGGUGCUUAACAUCUAUGGUACAGAAACUAAUUAAGAUACCCCUGUCUUUUGCAGGCGUAUUAAAGAGGGUGCUAAUGCUGUUAUUAGUAAAUUAUCAUUUAUUUAUUACACUUUAUCUUUAGAAGAGUAUUUUUUAAAGUUUCAUUGUGAUCGGUCAAAAAAAAGGCAGGUUAGUACAAGCAGAAGGAGGAGAUGCAAGUAGUUGUGCAGUUUACAUUUUAAUUACAUAAGUAACAUUUACAGAACAGUACAACACAAUUCAUCAAACACGUCAGUGGACGAUGUAUAGCCUGGUAUUAUGUUUCUCUGUAUGUGAAAAGAAAUUUCAGCUUCAUGUCUUAACUGCUUUUUCUAUUGCAGAUUUAUUUUGAAAAUCCUAUUUCCUCCAUGAAUAAAAGAAGGUGUUGCA